GCAAGACACUCUUUUGGAGCCUUCCAAGCUACUACUAGCGUAGAGUUGCCAAAAGGUUCACAAACAAAAUCAACUUUGUUUUUUUUUUCUUUGACAAUAUUAGAACACAACCAUUGUUCAGAACUCCCACAAAAGUCAAAUAUGUGUAAUAAUAUCCAUUAUUGAGCCUCUUCCAACGAUGCGAGUUAUUGGAAUCAACUAAUUUUUUUUUUAUAUGGUAGCAGAUCAUUCUGUGACCGAAAUAACUUCUCUUCGAAUUCCGGUGACCCCCAUUUGUGAAACACACGAUAUUAUCGUAUUCAUAACCUGUGUAAACGAAAGUACUUUUGAUUGAUUUCAUUAUCGAACAUCUUUAUUUCAACGACACACGAUCAAGUUAUUACACGAUCAACCAAUUCUUGACAACUCUAUAGUACUGUAUAACAUACGUACACAAUUGACCCGCUACAUUAUUUUAUUUGGCAUCUGAUACGUACUGAAAACAAUGAAGCAUUGGUAAGAAGAAAAGAAAAGGGGUAAACCAACAAAGCUAGCAAUGUCAUGUCCACGUACGUUAAUUAGAUGGAAUCGAUAACCAAUAAGACAGAAUGAGUUGCUUGCUUGCUUGCACUAUCCAUCGAUCCUAUCAAUCUGAUUCAAGUCUAUAUAAAACGGGGACGUGAUCAGUGGCUAUUUCACAUCACUACUCAUUCGAUCUUCAUAUUUGCCCCUAGCUAGCUAGCUACCAAAGCAAACAACAGAAUGAAGCUCAACGGAGCUGCUGUAGCGACGGUGGCCGUGGUCACCUUGCUGAGCUUCUUGGCCGGCACCUCAGACGCCCAAGGAUACGACUUCUUCUACUUGGUGAUGCAGUGGCCGCGCGCCGUCUGCAACCAUCCUCGUUCCAAUUGCAGGCCGGCGGUUCCUCAGACCUUCACCAUCCAUGGGAUGUGGCCCCAGACCAACAGCGGCGGCAGCCCUCAGAACUGUCCCGGUAGUCUCCGGGAUGUCCGAUCAAGCGGACGGGUGGACAGAACUACGCUAGGGGCAAUGGACAGGCAGUGGCCGAACCUGAAGCGAGGCGGAAGGGACCCCAACAGCCAGUUCUGGACCCACGAGUGGAACAAACACGGCACCUGCUCCAGAAUGCAGCCGCAGGACUACUUCCGGCGGGUCGUCGACCGCGCGGCGAGCGUCGACCUGCUCCGGCUGCUCCGCAGCAACCGCAUCCAGCCCGACAACCGGCUGUACCGGCAGGCCGACAUCGAAGCUGCUCUGAACGUUUACGAUCCGGUCGUCAAGUGCAACGACGUCCGAAGCGGCGGCCGCUCCUACAAGCAGAUCCACGAGAUCCGGCUCUGCGUGCAGAUGGACGGCAACCGCGUCGUCUCCUGCGGCCGCCGAACCCAGUUCAGGAGCUGCGGCAACGGAGACAUCAGGUUCUCCCGUUGAAGAGAAGCUGCUACGUACCUACUGUCUGUUUGUUAUAUAGAUGCAUGCAUGCAUGCAUGCAUGGUUUACGUAAGCUUUCGCACGUGUGUUUGUGUGUGUGUUUCAGUUUGUUUCUGUUUGUCGCGUUGUUGUUUUCACUUCUCUCUUAUUAAAGGGACUAUGAAUGAAUGAAUGAAUAAAAUUAGUUUUGACCCGAUCGAAUACUGGGCAAUUUGUUAAUCCGUGAAACUGUGUCAUAACGGAAGUCAGAUCGGGAAUACAUUCUAUUGGAACUUAAAUUGAUAUACCAUAUAAAACAUCUGGUUAAUAAAACUACAAUUUCAAUACAAAAUAUUUUAAUGUUGAUUUUUCUAGUACAACUUCCGGAACGGUUUCGCAAUUCUUGGUUAGUAAAGUUUAAUAUUGUAUAGGAUGAUGAUGUAAUUUUAGCUUCGUAUCAACUUUCAAGAUUUAUUUAUUGUUGUGUGUAUUAGAUAUAUCGGUACAUUAUUGUUAAAAUGAAUCAUCUCACCAACGAAAAAGACUACGAAAUUUUGACAUUUUUUUUUUGACAAAUUUAAGCCUGGAGGAGAGUUUUAAGUGAUUCCAAGUAACCAAAUAUGCUUAGCAAUUGACUAAUGUGGUGUUUAAUAAAUUUGUGGUUCAAAUAAUUUACCGCAUAAAUGCGAGCAUAUGUCUGGCAUACACUAUAAGUCUGAAAUCAUACAUGUUAUUUGUAAUUUGAUAAUUUUAACAAAUCAAAAUCGUUGAUUUUCAUUUUAAAAUUAAAUGAAUCUUACUAAUUGAGUUAGAGAAUUGGAGACUGGGGUUCAGCCAUUAAAAGUUAGGGUAUAGUAUUAUGCAUCAAACUCUGAUUAAAUCUUCUGCGAUAAGGUAAAUAACGCUUGGCGGACACUAGCUGAACUAUAUAUAUGUGUGUGUGGUGGCUAAUUCGGUGCGCUCACUUUUUUUAUGCAUUCAAUGCACCCAACACUAAAAGUGACAAUAAUACACAAAUGUUGAACUUUAAUUGGUAGCAUGAGUCUAAUAUGAUGAUAUAACAUAGGAUCACAACUAAUCAAUCCAUUAUCCUAACCCCUUAACCUUGAAUUUUGAAUCAUAACCCAAAACCCCAAAUUGUAAACCUAAACACUAACCCUAAAUCCCUAAAUCAUAAAUCAUUCAAAUUGAAGUAAAUCUUGAAUGAUUUUUUUGAGAAUUUAUGUGCUUCUUGUUCAUAAUAUCACAAACAAUGAUUGAUACCGUUAUGACAUAAAUCACAUGCUCCAAAUGAAGAUUAUGAGGUGACUGCAUUGAAUGUACUAAAAAAAGUCAUGCUCCAAAUGAAGAUUAUGAGGUGAUUAUGAGGUGACCGCUAUCCAUCUGUACUUAAUGUAAUGAACCAAAUGGUGGAGAACAUAAACGAUGACUCUCUUA